AUCAGGCCUCUGCAAUUUAUAAUGAAAAUAUUCUCAUUACCACAGGUAACUACAAAAAUAAAGGCCAUAAGCACUGUUUUCGUUUCAUUGACAUUCUUUCACGACAGCUUAACUCAGGCUUCCACUGCAUUUCUUUACAACUGCCACAUGUUUUCUUUGCAGAUCAAGGACAUUGAAGUCCUCAACUGUGAAUAUGGCAAGAAUACAAUUAAGUUCCUUCGCCUUCACAGAGAGGGAAAGAAGCAUUUUGUCAAAGAAGUGGAAGUGUGUGCACAUCUCCGGCUGACUUCUCCCCAGGAGUACCUGGAAGGAAACAAUUCUCUUGUGAUACCUACGGACACCAUAAAGAAUAUCGUCCUUGUGUUGGCCAAAAAAAAUGGGAUCCCAAGUUUAGAACAAUUUGCUAUAGAUAUCUGCAAUCACUUCAUGACAACAUUUUGCCAAGUGGCGUACGUCAAAACCUACGUUCAAGAAGUACCAUGGCAACGUCUGCAUGAGGAUGGCGUUCCCCACAUCCACUCAUUCAUAUGUGUUCCUGAUGGGAUCCGCUUUUGUGAAGCUGAGCAGUGCCGGAAUGGUCCUCUGGUUGUCUUUGCUGGAAUUAAGGACCUGAAACUUAUGAAGACAACACAGUCUGGAUUUGAAGGCUUCUAUAAGAAUGAACACACCACACUUCCUGAAAGGCAUGACAGGAUUCUAUGUGGAGAGCUCUUCUGCAAAUGGUCAUACGGCGAAUGCAAGGAUUUUGACUUUAACUGCAUAUGGAAGAAAAUCCGUGAAUGUAUCCUUGAAGCCUUUGCCGGACCACCUGACUGUGGGGAAUAUUCACCCUCUUACCAGAAAACUAUCAACUCUAUCCAGAUGCUUGUCCUUUCCAGAGUGUCACAGGUACAGGUCAUAGAAGCCGUCUUGAACAACACUUUUUAUAACGUUGUAGACAUGAAGAAUCUAGGCUUGGACAAUGACAAAGAAGUUUUGGUUCCAGUGGAAGCUCCUUAUGGCUCCUGUACUUGCACACUUGGCCGGAAGAAGUUCUUUGAAGCACAAGGCCAGAUGAUGAGAGAUGAGAGAAAAUGCCAGUUUGGACUGGCAGCUGCCCAGGGAAACUAAACCUCUUGGCUAUACUCAACCUUCCUGAUAAACUUAAUAGCAUGGCUUUCCUAUCAAUGUUUACUCCUUAUUGGCCUCUUCCAUUGCUGACUUCUUUUUCCUCUAUGAACUCCUGAACAUGGGA